AUGGGGAGCUGCGAGGAUCUCAGUCUCCAGCGUGAUGCACUGGCACGGCGGCUGCGAGCUUGCUCGGAUCUCCAGCUCGCCAGGCGCUUGCAGGCGAUCGUGAGCGAGAGUUUCGGUUCUUCGCCGGAUCUGCUGCUGGGGAACCUCAACGGGCAUCUCCGCGAGGCGGAAGCGGCCUUUGAGGCAAUGGAUCAGAGGAAUGUGGCAUCGUGGAACGCGAUGCUGUCGGGAUUUUCUCAGGAACAGGAGCUGGAUCGAGCGAAGGAGCUGUUCGAUCUGAUGCCCGAGAGAGACAUCGUGUCGUGGACAGCGAUGGUCAGCGCGUAUGCCCAAGCCAGGGAUCAUCGUUACUUGGCUGCCGCGAAGGAGAUCUUCGAUGCCAUGCCCGAGAGGACGCUCGUCUCGUGCAAUGCCAUGCUCACGGCCUUGCUCAAGAACAGGAGGAUGAUCGAGGCCAGAGAUUUUUUUCUCCAAGGGAUGCCCGAGACGAACACUCUAGGCUGGACUGCCAUGGUUUCUUCGCUGGCUGGCAUGGGAGACGUGAUCCAGGCAAGAUGCUUCUUCGACCGAAUGCCGGAGAUCACAGCUUUGGCCUGGAACUCGAUGAUCUCGGCCUACAUCGCAGUGGACAGGCUCGACCAAGCGGAGGAAAUCUUCCAGGGUGUGCCCGAGCACGACUCUCCAAGCUCCACUGCGAUGAUCGCGGCUUACGGCGAUGGUGGGGAUGUUGGCAAGGCCAGAGAAGUGAUGGAUCGAGCUCCCAGAGAUGAUCUAGCAGUGAGAACCGCGAUGCUGGUGGCUUAUGCCCGGAACGGGUAUAUCAACUCCGCCAGAGAGAUCUUCGAUGCCCAUGGCGUCGAUCGGCGAGAUGUGGCGAUGUGGAACGCGAUGAUCACCGCUCAUGCCGAGCAUGGCCAGAUCGAAGAGGCCAAACGGCUGUUUGACGAGAUCCCGGAGAGCAACGUCACAACUUGGAACGCAAUGAUCACUGGCUAUGCUACGAGCAGCCAUUGGCGCGAGGCAACCAAUAUCUUCCACUCGAUGCCGGAGAGAAACUUGGUUUCCUGGAACACCUUGAUCGGAGCUUACAACCCGUUUGCUCGUCAUGGCCGCGUUCUCGAGGCCUUGCUCCUUCUUCCAGAGAUGAGCUCGCAGGGAUUCUCGGCCGAUCGCGUCUCCUUCCUUGGGAUCCUCUCGGCUUGCAGCCACGGAGGAAUGCCAGAUCGAGCGCGCGAGCUGAUGCUCUCGAUCGAUCUCUCGUAUUUCGUGGAGCCGGCGGCCAAGCAGUAUGGGUGUAUCGUGGAUCUCUUCGGGAGGGGAGGAUCGCUCGAGGAAUGCGAGGAGCUUGUCAAAGAUUUGAGAGAAGGGGCGGAGAAGAGCGAGGCGUGGAUGAUCUCGCUGCUGGGAGCUUGUAGAACACAGGGCGAUUUGGAGCUUGGAUCAAAGAUUGUGAGGAAGUUGGCGGGCGAGAUGGAUUCGAGCUUGUAUGUGCUCUUGUCCAACGCUUUGUCUAAUAGUCCUGGUUUUACGCGAGGCUAG